CUCCAGCCUCCCGCACUGCUGCACCGCCCGCUGCAGACUCCGCACCAUGGGGCCGCUCCUGCUGCCCUGGGCCCUCCUGCUGCUCGCGGCGGCCCCCGGCCCCGGCCCCGAGCCCGUGGCAGGGGCCCAGGGGACCUGCUCCAGCCGCUGUGGGGAGCGGGGCGGCCUGUGUUCCUGCCACCCCACCUGCGCCGGCCUGGGCGACUGCUGCCCCGACGUGCGGGACUUCUGCCUGGAGAUCCAGCCCUACUCCGGCUCCAUGAUGGGCGGCAAGGACUUCCUGGUGCAGCACCUCACGUGGCCCAGCCCCUCCGACCCCGUGAUCUGCAGGUUUAAGGAGAGCGUGCAGACCCUCGGCCACGUGGACUCCUCGGGCCGCGUCCACUGUGUGUCUCCUCUGCUCUACGAGACGGGCCGCAUCCCCUUCACCAUCUCCAUGGACAACGGCCGCUCCUUCCCGCGAUCCGGCACCUGGCUGGCGAUGCACCCCAGCAAAGUGUCGGAUUCGGAGAAGAGCCAGCUGGUGAACGAGACCCUCUGGCAGUACUACGGCACCCCCGGCUCCGGGGGCAACCUCUCCGUCACCUGGGACGCCGGGGCCCUGCCCAGCAGCGCCGUCAGCAUCGAGCUGUGGGGCUACGAGGAGACAGGGAAGCCAUACUCAGGGGAGUGGAUGGCAAAAUGGUCCUACCUGUACUCCCUGGCCACCAACAUCCCCAACUCCGGCUCCUUCACCUUCGUGCCCAAGCCCGCGCCCCAGAACUACCAGAGGUGGCAGCUGGGAGCGCUGAGGAUCGUCAGCAGCAAGCACCACGGGGGCGCCAAGGACGUGCAGGCGCUCUGGAGCAACGAGCACGCCCUGGCCUGGCACCUGGGCCAGGACUUCCGGGCCGACCCCGUGGCCUGGGCCCGCGGGCAGUGCCAGGCCUGGGAGGAGCUGGAGGACCAGCUGCCCAACUUCCUGGAGGAGCUGCCCGACUGCCCCUGCACCCUGGCCCAGGCCCGGGCCGACUCCGGCCGCUUCCACACGGACUACGGCUGUGACGUGGAGCGGGGCAGCGUGUGCACCUACCACCCGGGCGCCGUGCACUGCGUGCGCUCCGUGCAGGCCAGCCCCCGGUACGCCGCCGGCCAGCAGUGCUGCUACACCAAGGAGGGCACGCAGAUCCUGACGGCCGACAGCACCAGCGGCAGCACCCCGGAUCGCGGCCACGACUGGGGCUCGCCGCCCUUCCGCGCCCCGCCCCGCGUGCCCGGCCUCUCCCACUGGCUCUACGACGUCCUCAGCUUCUACCACUGCUGCCUGUGGGCGCCCGACUGCCCCCGCUACAUGCGCCGGCGGCCCUCCAGCGACUGCACCAGCUACCGGCCCCCUCGCCUCGCCUCUGCUUUCGGGGACCCGCACUUCGUCACCUUCGAUGGCGCCAAUUUCACCUUCAACGGGCGCGGCGAGUACGUGCUGCUGGAGUCGGCGCUGACCCGCCUGAGUGUGCAGGCGCGCGCCGAGCCCCGGACGACGCCCGAGGGCGUGCAGGCGCGAGGCACCGGGCUGACGGCUGUGGCCGUCCAGGAGGACAGCUCGGACGUGGUGGAGGUGCGGCUGGCGGGCGGGACGGCGCGGCUGCAGGUGCUGCUGAACCAGGAGGUGCUCAGCUUCGCCGAGCAGAACUGGAUGGACCUGAAGGGCAUGUUCCUGUCGGUGGCCGCCGGGGACAGCGUGUCCAUCAUGCUCUCGUCGGGGGCGGGCGUGGAGGUCAGCGUCCAGGGCCCCUUCCUGAGCGUGGCCGUCCUGCUGCCCGAGAAGUUCCUCACCCACACGCACGGCCUCCUGGGGACCCUCAACGGCAACCCCGCCGACGACUUCACGCUGCGCAGUGGCCAGGUCCUGCCCCCGACGGCCAGCUCCCGGGAGCUGCACCGGUUUGGGGCUGACUGGGCCGUGAGGAACGCCUCCUCCCUGCUCACCUAUGACUCUCGGCUCCUGGUCAACAACUUCCUGUACGGGCCCAAGCACGACCCCACCUUCCAGCCCCUCUUCCCCGAGGAGACGCCCCUCAGCCCCAGCCAGGCCGCCGCCGAGCUGUGCGGAGACGACCACUUCUGCAUCUUCGACGUGGCCGCCACCGGCAACCUGAGCGUGGGCAAUGCCACCCGGGCGGCCCACCAGCUGCACCAACGGCAUGCGCAGAGCCUGCAGCCUGUGGUGUCCUGCGGCUGGCUGGCCCCGCCCCCCAAUGGGCGGAAGGAUGGCACCCGCUACCUGGUGGGCUCCACUGUCUUCUUCCACUGCGACAACGGCUACAGCCUGGAGGGGGCAGAGGUCAGCCACUGCCAGGCCGACGGCACCUGGUCUAGGCCCACCCCGACCUGCCAGCCAGGCCGGAGCCACGCCGUGCUGCUGAGCAUCAUCUUCGGAGGCCUGGCCGCGGUGGCUGUGGUCACGCUGAUCUACGUGCUGCUGCGACGCAGGAAGAGCCACACGACCCCCUGGACUUCGAGGCCCUGAGAGGGUCACUCUGCACCCGGCCAGGCCACCCGGGGCCGAAGACCAGCCUCCCCGGAGCAAGGCCCCAACUCCCCGGCGCGCCAAAGCCUGGCACCUGGACCCAGAUGCCUGACAACCGUGGACCCGAGGCCGGGGCCCUGCUCUGCCACCUCGGGCCAGGCCGGCCUCUGACUGUGCACUCCCGAGCCCCCGUUUCCCCAGACUCCAGGCCCCAUGCCCCUGAGCUCCAACAGCUGCCUCCCUGCCCUAGCCCUCCAGCGUCUGGUACUCAACUGUCAAUACCUCAUCCCGGCGCCCGAUGCCCACGCCCCGCUGCCUGAUAGACGGACACCUGGUGCCCCACACUCAGCUGCCUUGAUCCCCAGCCCCUGGGCCCAGCCCCGACGGCAGGUGGGCACAGGCCAGGGCGUGGAGAGGUCGCAGGACCCCAAGCGAAGAGUUGCCCUCUGAGCGCCAGGCUUGUAACCGACUCCCUGAAAUGUCCCGGAACAGCCCGCCUGCCUGUCCGGGAGAAACAAGCCGUGCCG